UUCUUGGAAACCACAGAAAGAAAGGUGGUUCCGAGAACUCGUUAACACAGCCAAAGGAACCCACGUUGCCUACCCUCCACUCAGCACAUCUGACGGAGGGCAGGGCAAAGAAAAGAAAAAAUGAAUGGCCUGAAUGACGUUGCCCUAGGCCCGACAAAUUCCUGCCUUCGUAGAGCGAAGCUUGGGGGAGGGGAGGGCAGGGGGAGUGCGGAUACAAGAUGGCGUGCAGUGAGGAAAGCGAUCCUGGCACAGAAGCAAAACAAAGGGGGACACAAAGUAUCAUUAAGGAAGGGAUGUUAAUGAAGCAGACAAAUUCAUUCCAGCACUGGAAAAGACGAUACUUUAAACUUAGGGGUCGCACGCUUUACUAUGCAAAAACUGCAAAGUCCAUUAUAUUUGAUGAAGUGGAUUUGACUGAUGCCAGUGUUGCAGAGUCCAGCACCAAGAACGUUAACAACAGCUUCACGAUUAUCACUCCAUGCCACAGGAUUAUUCUAUGUGCUGAAAACCGCAAGGAGAUGGAAGAAUGGAUUGCAGCCUUAAAAAGUGUUCAAAAUAGGGAACUUUUUGAGUCAACAAAGUACAGCAUGGACCACUUCUCAGGGAUGCACAACUGGUACGCUUGCUCUCAUGCCCGUCCCACAUACUGCAAUGUUUGCCGUGAAGCACUUUCUGGAGUCACUUCACAUGGACUGUCUUGUGAAGUUUGCAAGUUUAAAGUCCAUAAACGCUGUGCAGUAAGAGCAACUAAUAACUGCAAAUGGACAACACUAGCAUCUGUUGGGAAGGACAUUAUCGAGGAUGAGGAUGGGAUCUCAAUGCCCCACCAAUGGCUAGAAGGAAACUUACCUGUGAGUGCCAAGUGUGCAGUGUGCGAUAAAACAUGUGGCAGUGUACUUCGUCUACAGGACUGGCGUUGUCUCUGGUGCAAAGCAAUGGUGCACACAGCCUGCAAGGAAUUGCUACCCCAAAAAUGCCCACUUGGAAUUUGCAAAGUGUCUGUCCUUCCUCCUACAGCUUUAAAUAGUACAGAUUCUGAUGGUUUCUGGAAAGCAACAUGUCCACCCUCCUGCACAAGUCCACUUUUAGUUUUUGUGAACUCUAAGAGCGGUGAUAAUCAGGGUGUAAAGUUCCUGCGCAGAUUCAAACAGCUUCUAAAUCCAGCUCAAGUCUUCGAUCUAAUGAAUGGUGGACCCCACCUUGGUUUACGCUUGUUUCAGAAGUUCGACACCUUCCGAAUACUGGUUUGUGGGGGAGAUGGCAGCAUGGGCUGGGUGCUUUCUGAAAUUGAUUGUCUCAAUCUUCACAAACAGUGCCAGAUAGGAGUGUUGCCACUUGGGACUGGGAAUGACUUGGCCCGUGUGUUGGGGUGGGGUUCUGCAUGCGAUGAUGAUACACAGCUCCCGCAGAUAUUGGAGAAACUUGAAAGGGCUAGCACAAAGAUGUUGGACAGGUGGAGCAUCAUGGUUUACGAGACCAAACUCCCUCAUCGGACAUCCUCCUCCACUGCGACAGAUGACUUCAGUGAAGACUCUGAGGUACAGAAAAUCCAGCUAUAUGAAGACUCAGUUGCUGCUCAUUUAUCAAAAAUUCUAUCCUCAGAUCAGCAUUCGGUUGUCAUCUCCUCAGCAAAGGUGCUCUGUGAGACUGUAAAAGAUUUUGUUGCUCGAGUUGGCAAGGCAUAUGAGAAAACAACGGAGAGUUCAGAGGAGUCUGAGACAAUGGCACUAAAGUGCUCUGUCCUAAAGGAAAAACUUGAUUCAUUACUAAAGGCAUUAAAUGAAGAGUCGCAAGCCACUUCUCGACUCUCAAACCCACCUCCAACUAUUGCAGAGGAACAGGAGGAUGGUGAGGGGUCAAGUAGUACCUAUGAGUCUGGCAGUGAUCGAUCCAAUACCUCGUCAUGUACACCCAGACCGCAGAUCUUUCGACCGAGGGAGCAGCUGAUGUUGAGAGCAAACAGCCUGAAGAAAGCGAUUCGGCAAAUUAUUGAACAUGCAGAGAAAGCUGUAGAUGAACAGAAUGAACAAACAGUGGAACAAGAGGGGUUUUCAUUGUCCAUGUCAUUAUCAGAAGAUGGGAAGGAACAAAAGAAUGAGGACAAACUUUUAUCACAGUCUUCUCAUAGCGGAAACUUCACAAGCUCUACAAGUAAAGCUAGAAUGUCUCAGAAAGCAUCCAAAUCACCAUGUGAACGACUGAUCAGUAAAGGAGGUAUGACUGCAGGCUCUUCUGCAUCGCUUCCUCCUCACACAGCUCACAGGGAUAACCUGCCAAUGCUGAACACAAAGAUUCUCUACCCAAACCUUCGACCAAGAAUGUCCAACUCUCUCCCUGGUAGUAAUUCUAUCAUCAGUCGAUUGUUGAUCAGUGCCGAUUCCUUCAGCUCUGAGACGGACAACAUGGAGUGUUACACAGAGAAAUGUGUUAUGAAUAAUUACUUUGGAAUCGGACUGGAUGCUAAAAUAUCUUUAGACUUCAACACAAAGAGGGAUGAACACCCUGAAAAAUGCAGAAGUCGCACUAAAAAUAUGAUGUGGUACGGAGUGCUAGGGACAAAAGAAUUCCUGCAUCGGACAUACAGAAACCUGGACCAGAAGGUGUUGCUAGAGUGUGAUGGGCGUUCAAUCCCAUUACCCAGUCUGCAAGGCAUUGCAGUGUUGAACAUCCCGAGUUAUGCUGGAGGCACCAACUUCUGGGGCGGGACAAAAGAAGAUGAUACCUUUGCAGCACCUUCCUUUGAUGACAGAAUCCUUGAGGUCGUAGCUGUGUUCGGCAGUAUGCAGAUGGCUGUGUCACGUGUAAUAAAUCUUCAGCACCAUCGCAUUGCACAGUGUCGAACAGUGAAAAUCACAAUCCUGGGAGAUGAGGGUGUACCUGUACAAGUAGAUGGAGAGGCAUGGAUUCAGCCCCCGGGAUAUGUGCGAAUCAUCCACAAGAAUAGAACACAGACAUUAACCCGAGACAGGGCAUUUGAAAAUACCUUGAAGUCCUGGGAAGACAAACAACGGUGUGAAAUUGUUCGUCCUACCUCCCAAAUAACAUCACAGUCUGAGAUUCUGUCUAAUGAUGAAGCAGUACAGAUCAAUGAAUUUGGAUGCACAUCUGGAGCAUUAAUCCACUGCAUUCGAGAAACAGCCCUGUGUCACCCCAACCUUGAACAAGAACUUGCACAUGCUGUCAAUGCAAGCUCCAAAUCCAUGGACAAGGUCUGUGCCAACUCCAAGAACACUGAGGGCUUGAACCGAAAUCUCGUUAUAGAGAUGGUGAACAACAUGAAAGCCCUCUACAGGGAGACAGAACUUCUUUUGGAUGGGAAAGUGGCCCUGCAGUUGGAGGCUCCUCAAAAAGAGCAACUCUCAUCGGCCCUUGCAAGUGUGGACUGUCAGAUGAGGAAACUAAAUGAGAUCCAAUGGCUGUGCCAGGUACUGGAACCAACUGAUGAUGAGGGUCACCUGUCAGAAUUCUCCAAGCGGAGUCGCAGUGGCAAGUUCCGCCUUGUGUUCAAGAAGGAAAAAAACAACAAGAACAGAGAGAGUCGACGAAGUGUAGUCUUGCCUGUUCAGCAGUGGGGAACAGAGGAGGUGGCUGGCUGGCUGGAGCACCUCAGUCUCUGUGAAUACAAGGAUAUGUUCAUCCGACAUGACAUUCGGGGCUCCGAACUCCUACACCUGGAGAGGAGGGACCUUAAGGAUCUCGGGGUGACCAAGGUUGGCCACAUGAAGAGAAUCCUACACGGGAUCAAGGAACUGAGUCAGAAUACUGCCAACGAGGUCUAACUGCAGUAUUUACAGCAUGCAUCUUUAAGUCCACAUGAGCGCUGCAGUUGUCAAUCUGUACUGCAGCUUGGCAACGUGGGUGUCACCAGUGUUUGCUGCGUUCCUUGUAGAUGACAGCAGAAAGAUGAGAAACUGAUUGCAGUUUCUCCUGUAUUUUGGCAAAGGGAUGCACAAAUGCACUAUAGACACCCAUCUUUCCCUGCAUUCUUUUUGAAGUGGACUAAAAAAAAAAAUAUAUAGGCUAUGCUGCCUUUUGUUUUUGAACUCUGCAUUAUCUGGGCAGUAGACUUGCAUGUUUUUUGACACGGUGGACCUAAGACUGCCUUAUUGAGAAGCUAAUUUACAGAAGCUGGAGAAGUUAGCAAACACAUUUUGGGGAUUGCUACCACGGCUCAAUGUUACUUAAUGCAGCUGUGCUGCAUUGUCACAGUUUUGAUUCUUUAUUAAUGAAUAUCAGCACUUCUUUAGAGACAACCACCAUGUCCUGCAGUACCACAAUCUGGAGCUGCACCAUUGAGGCAGAGUAUAUUAAAUUAUUUUCUUCACAAAGGUGCUGUUUCAUUUGGCAGUUGUCGGUCUCAGCAUUCAUAUUUACUGGUAUUUAAACAAGCAAGGGAACUGUGAGUGACACUUGACUAUCUCCUAAAAUGCUACAUUCCCUGAAGUCCUUAAGUGCAUUUGGCACAUACUGCAUGUGCAUGUUGGUUACUGCAAGUCAUGGCAGCUUUCUGCAACCUGUUUACGCAAAAAGCUCUUGAGCUUUCAAUGCCCUCCCUAAAGCAGAAACUGCAACGGUAUGUGAACGUUUGUAGCCUUUGUACUGUGCUUUAUUGAUGAACAUUUUUAAGCCCCUAGAACACAGGUACCUCAGUCAGUCAAUAUUUUGCAGCUUAUGUACAAAAAAAAAAAAAACUUUGAAAGAAUUAAUUUACAAACUUUUGCUAGGUUGGAUACUACAAAAACCUCAGACAGUGACACAGGGUAUUGAUAACCUGUAUGCAGCUGUAAUUUGACAAUUUCUGUUUUCUCUUGCAUUACUCAACCAACAUCAAGAGCUUACUUUAAUCUCUUCAUGCUAAAACUGAUUCCUUUAUAGCAAAACUUUCAGCCCAUCAUACUUAAACAUUUUCGUUUGUGUGGGACACCAACCAAAAACAGUGACAUGCAAUGUUUUAGUGUCUUGCUUCUUGCAGAACAAAGUGAUUACAGAGGAUCUUUCUGUGGAAUACAACGUUCCAGUUUAUUAAAUGUAUUUUUAUUUUAGGUGAUGGAAUCCUGAGAAAUACAGAAGUGAAUCCAAAUGAAACUUUGAAACUUCACUCAUUUGGAGCCAUUACAGCGCUGAAACAGAAGUAUGUUGGUCCAACAAGGAAGAAGUUUGCUUGUAAAGGGCCUUCUGCUUUAGAAUAUUUCCCCAGAGUGCGAUUCUGUUUGUCAGUGGAAAAGUGUCUUUGGUGGAGUUCUUUGUAUUUGAAUAAGGUAAAGCUGGCCCAACAUCUAUUAUACUUAGAUUUUAAAACACUGUAUAGGGUGUGUCCAUUUUACUGAUGACAGAAAUGUCGAGGAUGAACAGUAGAGCAGUUGCCUUACAUUGUCUUUCUUCAGGGAAAGACUUUGCUACUGCCUUUGGCUUGUAAAACCAAAGUAAAGGGCUCUUUUCCUGAACAGUGAUUUCUAGCCACACUUAAGGGUAGCUGCUGUGACUUUGCUGUGUGCCUCUACCCCACUAUGUUUGCUCACUUUUGGACAACUAGGAAAUUACUUGUAAAAAGAUGGUUGCCUAAGUAUGAGUGUCCUUUGUCCUAGUGUCUGUCUUGCGUCUUACUUCUUUGUGUCAUACUUUUCACAAGAAGGACUCUUAUUAGGGUUUUCAUCAGCUUUUUUAGAAGGAAUGAGCCAUUUACCUAAUAUUUAUUUUCAAAGAGGAUUGUCUCACCUCUUAACCCAUCAUACAAAUCCUUUUUAGAAAGCAGGUAUUUACAGUGUAUGGGUAUAGAAGUGAUGACCAUUUUGGACUGAUUCAGCCAUUGUAGCACUGGCCUGUCAGUGCACCUCACGUUUAGUAUUUCCUCAGGAAUUCUUCAGUUAGUACAAUCUCACCUGAAGACCUUAAAGUUACUAUCUUGAAUGUUUGCUAAUCCCCAAAAUUCAGAAGUAGAAGGGCCAGAAUAUAGUAACUGUUAUAUCUUCACAUUAAAUUAUUUCCGGCAUAAAUGUGCCUUGCUUGCUGAUAACAAAUCAGUUAUGUCUUGCUAAGGGCAUUUUUCUAGAAAUUCACAGGGACAGAAUGGUGACUGUUUAGAUUACAGGGGGUGUCCAAUCUUUUUGACUCGGGGGCCACUUGCCAUAAUUGGCAAGGUUUGGGGGGCACAUUAUCCUGUCCAAGAUGUCUGUCCAUUCAAAACAGCUUGUUAUAAGAUGUACCGAGGGCCAGUUAAAAUGCUUCAGUAGGCCAAAUUAUGGCCCUAGAAACACCUGAUGGACACCCCUUGUUUAGAAUAAGUCAUUAAGAUCAAUUUUUAUUUACAUGACCCUGGUUUUGUCAGAAGAGGUUAAGGUUAUGUGAUAAAAAUGUCACACUGUGUAAAUAAUUUUGUUAUUGUAUUUUAAUAUUUUCCCUAACAUGUUCAGAAAGAUAGAGUCAUACAGCGAGCAGGUAUCACAUUUAGUGGAAUGUUAGUAUUUGUUUACCAGGGUCAUCUGCAGUGCAUAGUAGUUUCAUCAGUGUUCUGAACCAUGUAGUAAGCCUGUCUCUCAUAAUGAUGUAGGCUGCCCUCACUGAAAGAUGCAGUUAUAUUUUUGUUGAAAGUAACACUGACUAUUGAUUGCUUUCCUUAAUGCGUAAGCUUCCAUUGAAUAUCUUGUGGUGCUGGCAGAUGUCAAGGCUUUGUUACUGAAACCUUUGUCCUCAACAUCUAGAAUAUGGUGGAAGUCAUUUCUGACAUUGCCUGUCAUAAAGUGUGCAUGUUACUGUCAGCUUACCGUUUUCUCUGUGAUCAUCACAGGCAUACAGUCCAUCAUUCACUUUACAAAACUGCUUUGACAGUUAAGUGGUGUCAUAGAGGCAUUACAGGCAGGAAGAGGCGCCAUAUUUUGAACUCAGUCCGGUUAUUUCCUCGGUCAGAGAUGUCUGUCAUUAAGACAUCAUCUUGCUCAUUACAGUGAAUUUAUUUUCCUUCAGUCUGGCAUUUUGAACUAUGAAGGAUACAGCUAGAAAGGACUUGUUGACUUGCCUAGGAAUGCCCAUAUUCUUCUGACAAGUCUUUAACAUGUCACCAUUGUAGUGCCAAGAGCUGUCCUUAGGUGAUACAGCUGUGUCAUCUAGGCAAGGUGAACUGUAAUCUUAUUUUUUAGCAUAUGCAUGUUCUUCUGCUGUGCUGGAAACAAGCUCAGUUUUGUAGACCGUGACAUUUAGUAGGCUGACCUUUUAAACACCGUUUGUGCCAUCCCAUCCUAAGAGUGGCUUGCAAACAUGUUGCAUAUGGCCGGUUACUCGAAUAGUGUUCAUAGAGUCUAUAAUGCAUUACCCCUCCCAUUUAGGAAUGUGAUUUGAAACAUGAGGUUGUGUCAUUUUACAGACAACAAUUCCCAGCAUAAUUUCUGGGCUCAGUGAUGUGUUUCAGUGUAGAUGUCUGUACUACAGCCGCAUAUACAUUUUCUGAAUGUUUGGCUUUGAGGAUCAGGGUUACUACUGGAUGAUUAGCAGCAGAAACAUUUUGAGGUCACUGAAACCUUUGCACAGAAACUUUGCUCUUUUUUUUAGAAAUAGCAACCUGUCUAGAGACCGACUCAACUUUCCUUGCUAUUCUUAAAUUCUAAACAUAUUAGUUUUCAUAAAGAAUUUCAGAUAUUGCCCAUUUGUUUGCACAGCUGUACAUUCAGAUGCAUCUAAGUUGCUCAGAGGCUUCUAAUCUUUCUUGACAGUGGGCACCUUGUGUACUUUAUUUCUCUACAGUAUACCUUCAUCCUUAACAGGUUUCUAUCCAGAGAAUGUGGUUGAAAGUUGCUUGUUUCUCUGCAGUAAGAGCAAUUAUGUUUAAGCUCUGUAGAUGACAUGGCUGUACCCCAGAGUUUAUUAGAGGGCUCAAUAUGUGUUUUAUUUCACCACAGAGUUUAUUAUAGGACUCAAUAUAUGUCCUGUUUCCUCAUUCAUUUACACAAAAAGCUUGCCUUAUUCUUCGAAAUGAACUUUUACUCUACCUUAAGUAUAACUAAGGGGCCUGAGGUCCAGCAAACAGCAAAUGCAUGGUCUAGCAGGUUUACAAGAAGGCUAUGAAACUCUGUAUCCCAGUAAUUUCAGCAUGUAUUGAAAUUUCCACAGAGCAUUUGUUUAAAAUAUUUUGCUAUUCACCAUAAUGAGUCUUGACAUAGGCCUCAGUGAAAAGCUUCCAGUAUUUUACAGUUUUUCAUG